AUGCAUGCAUGCACGCGCAUGACAGAGAGUGGGAACCAAGCCAAGAGACCUCCCAUAGUCUCUCACUUUCUCAGAGUCCCCCUCCUCCUCCACGCGAACGUUGUCUUCCGCUCCGUGGCCGCCAAGGUUACGUUACUUGCUUGCUUUGCCCAGGUGCUUCAUGAACAGCCCCACCCUCGGCCCCGUGUCUCCGGUCCACUUGAACCCAUUGCCCCUCUAGGCCACCCUUCGCACUUCCAGAUUCGAUCCCCGGCACAAGUCGUCACGUCAGAUCCCAAACCGGCUCUCCUGUCAAUCACCACAGCUGAAACUCUGCCGUCUGCAACGCGGAGCAAGGGUCGCCUUGUUCCUCGGCAAAGGCGAACCAUCUUCCGUGUGGCUCAGCUUGUCGUACGAACUCUGACGCCUCACGGGAAUUCAUUCAUUGAGCCAGCUUACCUUGACGAUCCCUCCACCGGUGAAGGUGUGGUCGCGCGUCAAAGUGUGCAUUUGAAUGUGCCAUUUUACGAACUGAUGGACGCUAUCUCUACUAUUUCAUCUCCCGCCUCCCUCUCAGCUUCCGACCUUUGUGUUAAAUGA